AUGGAAGACCCCAAUCCCGCGUCCUCUCUCAUGCCAGGCCUUCCAGAAGGGCGUAUCGUCCGGACCUUCUCUCGCAUGAAGUGGUUCGAGGACCAUGAUGACGGGAAUCAAUGUAUUGUAGUGCUGGGUCUGCGACCAAACAUCAUCGAGAAGCUCGAGAACCACAGCCUCGGGGGAGUCAACUAUCGCUUCCAAUGGGAACAGACCAAUGGGCUUAUUAAAGUCGUUCCUAGCGGGCCCUACGAGGGGGCGACGUAUCAAUUCUCAACUCUCGUGACGUCAAAGCUUAUCGCUAUAGGAAUCCCCUCCCACGAGUGCCCGUGGUUCGGGUCGACGACGUACCGCCCUACCGUUGGCAAAGGAAAAGAGGGCGAUAAUAUUUUUGUCCCACGUUCCCGUUGCCUACCAACAUUCGGCUGGCCCACCCUGGUCGUCGAAACUGGAGUCUCAAAGAGUCUCUCCCACUGCUCCGAUAAGACGCCGCCAAGUGGUUCGCAGAUUCUAACGGAGAAAUCCGUUUUGUUAUCUUGA